AUGGUCAUUCGCUGGGCAGAACAAUGCCGCACCCACUUCAAACCAGCAGCAGCAGCAGCCGCAGGGGCAGCAGCAGCAGCAGCAGCAGCAGCAGCCGCAGCAACAGCAGCAGCCGCAACAGCAGCAGCAGCAGCAGCAGCCACAGGGGCAGCAACAGCAGCCGCAGGGGCGGCAGCAGCAGCCGCAGCAGCAGCAGCAGCAGCAGCAGCAGCAGCAGCAGCAGCCGCAGGGGCAGCAGCAGCAGGGGCAGCAACAACAGCAGCGGCACCAGCAGCAGCCGGGGCAGCAGCAGCAGCCGCAGCAGCAGCAGCAGCAGCCGCAGGGGCAGCAGAACCAGGAGGGGCAGCAGCCGCAGCAGCAGCAGGGGUUCCAGCAGCACUAGCAGCAACAGCGGCGGAGGGCGACUGCCCGCUCCUCACCUUUCCUCCUCCCUCGCAUGCACACCCGCUCUCUUGA